AUGAAGGCAGCUCCUCUGCUGGUGUCAUGGCACAACGACAAUACGCCCAUCUACUCUGCUCACUUUGAGCCCCACGGCAAGGGUCGCCUUGCAACCGCCGGAGGCGACAAUAAUGUCAGACUCUGGAAAAUCGAGGGAAGUGGAGAAGACAGAAGCGUGACAUACUUGUCGACCCUCGCCAAACACACCCAAGCCGUCAACGUAGUACGAUGGUGUCCCAAAGGUGAGAUGCUCGCCUCGGCUGGAGAUGACGGAAACAUUCUGCUCUGGGUGCCCGCCGAGAACGCCGCUCUACACGCAACAAAUUUUGGAGAAGACGGGCUGGAAGACAAGGAAACAUGGCGAACCAAGACAAUGUGUCGCUCGACGGGAUCGGAAAUAUAUGAUCUGGCCUGGUCCCCAGACGGCGUCUACUUUAUCACUGGCAGCAUGGACAACGUCGCUCGCAUCUACAACGCCCAGACAGGCUCCGUCAUUCGCCAGGUUGCAGAACACAACCACUACGUCCAGGGCGUUGCCUGGGAUCCCCUAAACGAAUAUAUCGCUACCCAGUCGAGUGACCGCUCCGUCCACGUCUACACGCUCAAAACCAAAGACGGCUCAUGUACCCUGACCAACCACAACAAGAUCAGCAAGAUGGAUAUGCCCGCCCGCCGCGUGAGCCAAAGUAGUCCUGCUCCACCAGACUUCCGAGGUCGUGCAUCCUUUGUCGGCAACGAGUCUCCGGCUCCUAGUGCGCCCGGUACGCCUCUGUCGCUCGCCUUGCCCAUGAAUCCUCCGCAAACCACUCACAGCCGUCGCUCGUCCUUUGGCUCUGUCUCCGUCUCAAACCAGUCUAUGCGUCGCUCGGUCUCGCCCAGUCCGUCAAUGCCUCUACCCGCAGUUAUGCCCUCCGCAUCACCUAGCAUCGGCGGUGGCCUGAACAUGCCCUCUCGCAGCACCGGCAUGUACGCUAACGAGACCUUCACAUCCUUUUUCCGCCGCUUGACAUUCGCUCCCGAUGGUAGUCUGCUCUUCACGCCCGCCGGUCAACACAAGGAAGCACACGGCCCUACAACAGAGCCGAGCAAGGCAGACGACGUGGUCAACAUGACAUAUAUCUACACAAGAGCCGGACUGAACAAGCCACCCGUCGCAAAAUUGCCUGGUCACAAGAAGCCUUCUUUGGCUGUCAAAUGUUCGCCCAUCUUCUACACACUCCGUGCUUCUCCGGUUCCGACAAACGAUAUCACCAUUGACACGCAUAUGGACGAUGAGAUCCCUCUUCUACCAGAGCCUGUCGUACCUUCAAAACCCACUUCUUCCAUGGAGCCGCCACCGAUCGUGCCAUCCCCAGCACCAAGCCAUGCACACCCAGCUCCUAUCCCAUCACCCAGGACCGAGGACGGUUCCACUGCACCCACACCUUUGAGCGGUCCUCCACCAGUCUUUGAUCUCCCAUAUCGCAUAGUUUAUGCUGUUGCUACCCAAGAUUCCGUCCAUGUUUACGAUACCCAGCAAUCUAAGCCGUUGUGUGUCGUCAGCAACUUGCACUAUGCCACCUUCACUGACCUGACUUGGUCGAUCGACGGCAACACACUACUCAUAACAUCAUCCGAUGGGUUCUGCUCCAGCUUAAACUUCCAGCCUGGAGAACUCGGUGUCUCGUAUCAGCAUCCUCCCAUUCCUCGCCAGAUUCCAUCUUCGAUCAACACUGCCGGAUCUCCCUCUCUCGCUGCUGCGUCACCUGCAUCAACACCUAUUGCAGCAAGUAUGCCUCAACUAAUGCGCAAUCCAUCAUCUCAAGGCCAUGGCGCACCAUCUCCAUCCCCAUUCACAAUGCCCGGUAGUCCCGCCAGAAGCUUGUCUACAGCCAGUGUUGCCGGCAGUAUGGCCGCUCCUGAACAAUCAGCCGAUACUCCUGAGAUGAGCAGUGUACCCAGUCUUACAGCCGCCAGCUCUGGUAUUACUAUGCAUGGCGGCAUGCCCAUGUACACGCCUCCACAGACACCCGGGUAUGUGUCCGCGACUCCUGGCGUACCUCCUGCUGGUCCUCCGGCCACCAGCGCUGGAUCUACAUCUAUCAAGCGUGAAAACGAGGGCGGCGAAGACUCAUCCAGGGACAAGAGACGAAGGAUCGCGCCAACACUUAUCUCCGAACAAUAA